AGAAAAGUCCUUCGGCGACAGAAACUUGUUGCGUGUUACUUGAUUUCGGCUUGUUUUUUUUUUUUAUUGAAACAGGAUAAAGUUAACGUGAAUGUUUCAGUGCUGUGAAGGUCUCCAAGAACUGUGUCGUCGUGAACUGAUUCGCUCCGUGGGAAGCAGGAAGCUUCUUAAAAGGCUGCCACUUCCCCGAAACGUCAUCGAAUGGCUGAAAGAGUACGAGGAACCGGCUGCAUUCGACCCCAACAGUAGCUCCGACGAAGUGGUAUUUUCCAACAACAACGAAACCAUUACUUUCACUGGUAAUGGCUACAGCACAACUUUGAUUCUCACCCCCGAUGGCCGUGGUUAUACCUCAGGGAAACAUGAGUGGGUAUUUUACUUAAACAAUUGCCGAGGACAAGUGGCAGUUUGUCUUGUAACAGCAGAAUUUAAGAAGGCCAGAGCAUUCCGAACAAUCCCUGCCAUUGGCAGAAAAAUAGGUUGGGCUUACAAUCAAUUUGGCUUUCUAACCUUUGAUGUUCCCAUCUGGGAAGCUAUGGAUGGAAAGCGAAAUGAAAGCUACCAUACCUGGGAUAUGAUAGGAAUUAUUCUUGAUCUAGAUAAAGGAACCCUUGGUUUUAUGAAGAAUGGAAAGGAACAGGGGGUGGCAUUUUCAAAAGGGUUGCGUGGAAAAGAGGUAUUCCCAGGAGUUUGCUUAUGCUCUGGAAGGGAACAAGUCACCUUUGUAACCAGUAGAACCUAAGUGUGAAAGCUUUGUGCACUUUUGAAUCAGUGUUGUAACACCAACACAAAUAUAAUGGCAAUGGUUAAUCAGUACAAGGGAAUAUGGGAAAAGGAAAAAUUAAUGAUAAUAGUAAUUUAUCUAGUCUAGACACUUAAAGAGCUUUCAACUUUUAACUCUCAACAGUGAUUUAAAUGUAACUUCUCCCAAAAACAUCCAUAGAUACAAAUUAUCUUGCAAACAGGUAUCAAGAAUACUUAUACUUAUCAGGUAGAAAUGGUUUUCUUGAUCUAAUGCUGAAUUCUCAGAACUAAUCUAUGAGGAAAUGUGUAGCAGUUAGAGGGGAGAAUUAACUAUCUGAUCUUUGGAUUUAAAGGGUUAGGUUAUUGGAAAACUCAUGCAACCAAAUUACAUUUAUCAAUUGGUUUUAGUUCUGCAUCUUAUUAAGAAGGUAGAAAGAGCUUUCUUUAUUAAUUAGAGUAUAAUAAAGAAAAAUUUUAUGAUUCAACAGGUGACACAGAAGUCUUCUAGAUCUUGAUACACAGUUUACCUUUAGUUCACAAUCAACUACAAAAUUUUUUUCAAUUACCACAGUUUCCUUGACUUUUAGUGCGUCCCCUAAUGAGGCCUGAGAACAAGAGGCUAACAAAGCCAAUGAAGACCCAGAUUACUUCUGCAUAACCAUGUGGCGUGAAUUUUUGAUUAAAUGAUUUUGUGACCAAUUAAUUUCUGAAUUAGUAAAGAAAGGUAAGUAAACAAGUUAAAGAAGACUUCCAUUUGUGAAAUGAAGUGAACAAAACAAUGAUAUUUAUUGAUAGAGUAUGUCAAAUUUGACAGACCUUUUCACAAAUUAUGUUCUUUCAUCACAAGCAGUUUAAUUCAUAGAAUGAUUUGCUGACAUAGUGAUCGGGUGAAGCCAUUGACCCUAAGAGGUGAUUCACAUACAACUUCUCACUACAAUUGUAAUAAUUUAUCUUGCAAACUGGUAACGAGAAGAGACAAGCUUAUCUGCUGUAGGGUGUCAUCUUGAUUAAAUACCAAGUUCCCCUGUCUAAUAUACAAAGAAAUGUAUAGCAGCCAGUGGAGAGAAUUUCUUUGUGUAUCUUGAGAGUUGAGGGAUUAAGCAAAAGUAGGCAUUUGUUAGCCUCAACAAUAUUAUUCUUAUGGCUUCGAAAAAUUCAACAAAUAAUAGAAAAGAACAAUUGAAGUGUAAAAUAUCUUAAUCUUAACGAGAAUGAAAAAGUCUGCAAUGAAGAAAGAUUUAAAAUUUGCUCUUUCUAAAGAUGGUAUACAGUAUUUCUGUAACCAAUAAAUUAUUGUAUUGUUCCUUAAUUUUAAA